CCGGAAGUAAAUCCUUUGGCAGCCGCUAGAGGUCGCGUUAAUUUAUCAACCGGAGUAAGUAGCAUUGAAAGAUCAAGCUACAAUGAAUGAAGAGCAACGGUCGUCGGCCAAAGAGCUGGACACAUGGAUUGAACAACUCAAUGAGUGUAAACAGUUGUCAGAAAACCAAGUUAAAACCUUGUGUGAAAAGGCCAAAGAGAUCCUUUCAAAGGAAUCAAAUGUCCAGGAAGUGAAAUGUCCAGUCACAGUGAGCGGGGAUGUUCAUGGACAAUUUCAUGAUCUUAUGGAAUUGUUUAAAAUUGGUGGCUCUUCCCCCGACACAAACUACCUUUUCAUGGGAGAUUAUGUAGAUAGAGGUUACUACUCAGUAGAAACAGUGACACUUCUAGUAGCUCUUAAAGUUAGGUACAAGGACAGAAUAACAAUCUUAAGAGGAAACCAUGAAAGUAGACAAAUUACUCAAGUAUAUGGAUUUUACGAUGAAUGUUUACGAAAAUAUGGCAAUGCAAAUGUAUGGAAAUACUUCACAGAUCUGUUUGAUUAUUUACCACUUACAGCGCUUGUAGACGGACAGAUUUUCUGUUUACACGGGGGAUUGUCACCAUCUAUAGACACAUUAGAUCAUAUCAGAGCUUUGGACAGAAUACAAGAAGUUCCACAUGAGGGACCUAUGUGUGAUCUCUUGUGGUCAGAUCCCGAUGACCGCGGUGGCUGGGGCAUUUCCCCGCGAGGUGCCGGUUACACAUUUGGCCAGGAUAUAUCUGAGACCUUCAAUCACAGCAACGGGCUUACACUGGUGUCACGAGCUCACCAGCUAGUCAUGGAGGGUUACAACUGGUGUCAUGACCGCAAUGUUGUGACAAUCUUCAGUGCACCCAACUACUGCUACAGAUGUGGCAACCAGGCAGCUAUCAUGGAACUUGAUGAUGCUCUCAAAUAUUCCUUCUUACAGUUUGACCCAGCCCCGAGGAGAGGUGAGCCGCACGUGACUCGACGUACACCAGAUUACUUCCUGUAAAUCUAGAUGCAUGUAGGGGCGCAGUGAACAACAUUGACAUGUAUCCAUGAUGUAUUGUAUUAGUGAUUCAUAUAUUUGAUGACAUAUUCUUGUAAUUGCAAUACAGUGUUUUCAUUAUGGUCAAAAUAAGUUUGUUGUCUUAAUGGGUGAGGAGAAUGCUCACUGUAUGUAUGCUGCAGACGUGAUUUAUCAUUCAGGAAAAUGGAUGUUAUACUAAAUUAAUUGCUUUAUUUCUUUUACAUGUCUUAAGACUUUUUAGAAUGAUAUAUUAUAAUAAGAAACUGAGUAAUUAUAUUGACUCUACGUUUGUAACACUAUAAGUUAAAACACUAUUAUUUACGUAUGUUUUUGUGCAAAUUUUCUUUCAAUAUUUCUCUCCUAUUAACAAAUAUCUUUAAAGAUUAUUUAUUUGUAUUGUUAACUUAAGGCAGAUUUCAAGUGCUAAGUGAAAAUAUGUUUAUUUUUGCCAAAAAUCUGGAAACUUUUAUUUGACGAUGAAUAUUAAAUAAUAUAUGUAUCAAAUUUCAAUCAGUUAAUUUUCUAUAUAAUAUUUAGGACAGUUGCUAAACAGAUUCAUGCAUGGAAAUAGAACAUGUCAUUUAAAUAUUCUGCAUGUUAUUGAUGCAUAAUUUCACCAUUGUAAAGGUUCAUUACAUGUAUAUCUCGUGCAUUCAUUUUGACAGACAUUCACAUGUACAGUUUGUAUGAGAUUUAAUUGUUUGCUGUCAUAUAAUAUUGUAAAACUUCAAUGUUUGUUUUAAUUGUAAAAUAUCUAAAAUGAAAUGUUGAAGCUUUAUACAUGUUUGAAUUGCAAGCUUUUAUGAUCUUUUUCGUCACAAAUUGUUGAAGACAGUAGUUUAAACUGUACUUGUGCAUUAUUGUAUUGAACUGCUCUAUUGAGGUUGUUUCUGCAUAUUUAAAGCAUGCAUGGUCUUUGCUCUUAAAAUUGCUGUUCAAUGUUAAAUUUGUAGGUAUUAAAUUCAUUAUUUGAACAAAUUCGCACAUGGACAGUUUAAUCCUGCAGUUUAGACACUUCAUACUGAACACUGGUCGGGGAUCGUUUGAAGCACAGAUAUACCAUAUACUUGAUAAUCAAGUGACAAGUGUGAUAUUUUACUGAAUACAUCAUUAAUUGAUAACUUACAUGACUCUUGAGACUGUGUUUAUAUACAUUUUAAUUUCCAAUUUCUUUGGUGUAAAGCUGUUAAAAUUAUUAAGGAGGUCCAAUAUGUUGGGGGUUUCAUUCCAUCAGAUCAAAUUCAUUGCAUUGCUUUCCAUUGAUAACUCUUAGAUGUUCAUAAUUUGAUGUUUUUUCUAUUGUUUAAAGUUGUAUUCAAGUAAUUAUUUAAGUAGGCUUUCACUUUUCAACACUCUUUAAUAAUGCUCUCUUUGUAAUUUGUUAUGUUUUCCUUACAAUUACCAUAGAAUGAUAUGAUUUCGUUAACUCCGAGGUAACCUUGCUUUGUAUUGAAAAUAUGUUGAAGACAAACACAUGCAUAUUAACAACCAAGGUGUGGAAAUUUAUUAAUUCUAUAUGAAGUUAAAUUUGAAUGUAUUUGUUGGAUGGUUCUAUGAUAGUUGAAUGCAAUACUACAAAAACAAAACAAUAGAGAAAAACACUAAUUGUUAAUAUGUGUAUAAAUUAAUGCACAUACACAAAAGCUGUUCAUUGUAGCUAUGUUACAAACUGCAAAGAGUUCUCAUGUUACCUGUAGAAUCAGUUUCACCAUCGUGGCAUAUUGCGAGCGUUGGGAAAGAUGUGUGGGUAGAAUAUAUCCGUGGUGCCACGCAGUUGCCUGGUUCCAAGGUUAUGCCACAUGGUGGCCUGAUUCCAAAGCUGAUCUGUUGUAAUUUACCCUUCCCUCCUCUCAUGUUGAUAUAUAAACAAAAUAAUUUUGUCAAUAUUGACACUCAUAGAGUAAUAAACUUGUGAUAGAAAA